UCCAGGUUCACGCAAAUGUUCACUGCGAACCAAACGCAUUCGCUAUAAAUUAAUUCGGUAUAAAAAUAAGUCAAAUAAAGUAGUAAUUAAUAGAUUUUGCGCAUUUAAUUUAGUUUGCACGUUCAUUUCCAAACAACACAGAAACCUGGGUGAGUUCCAUGCAGGUGCGCAGAGUGAAUGAAAGGUGAAAUUAUAUGCGCAUUUCGACACCUUUGUCAACGCUUAUUUGCGCAAAAUAAUAAGUUCCGAGUGUUGUUGUUGGUGGGCCAGCACAAAUACACAGAAGUUGGCUCGCUUGGCGCUAGCAGAACAAGAGGCAGUGAAAAACACAAACAACAGCAACAACAACAAGCAGAGCAGCACCAAUAACACCCAGAGCAACAACUACAGCAGCAGCAACAACAACAACAAUAACAAUAAUAACAUUUGCGCCAGUGGUCACAAGAAAUGGCUAAUACAAAUAUGAUUAGCAGCAAUCAUAACAGUAACAGCAACAGCACCGCCUACACUUACAACAAUUAUAACAGUGCUAGUGCAGACAGCGGCAACAGCAGCGGAAGCAACGGCGGCAGUGGCAGCGGCAGCGGCGGUGGUGGCAGCGAGGUGCAAACGCUACGUGAAGUCUGUAACAUGCUGAAUACGGCCGCCCCAACCAAUUAUAUGAUACCAACAGGUGGUUGUGCGUACGAUCACAUUAUUUCUAUGAUGCGCGGACUUAACCUGCAGGACGAUGGCAUUGUCCUUAAUAACAAAAUCAAAGCCAUCGAAACGGAUUUCUGCAACAUUGUGCGCGACGAAUCGAUGCUAUGCGAAUCCAUGGACUACAUGAAUAACAAAGCCCUAUGCGACGCGGAGACGGCACUGAAGUUCGCCCUGCUGUUCUCCUCGCGUAACUUUGAUGCCCUGGCCAUGAAGGAGACGAAAGUGCGGAGCGCCAUGCUCAAGAUACUGGAGACGAACUUCAUCAAUGCCGAUGCGUAUCGGCUGCACGACAAGAAUCGACUAUACAACUCGAUAACGCUGCUGGGCGAGUACUAUCAUCGCGUGCGUCUGGCGGACAAUGCGCCGAUAACCAUUUUGGGCGACUCGCUGCUCAAUCUGCUUACGCGUGAGAUAAACGACGUGUCGGUGGUGAUGAGCACGCGCCUAGCGCGCCUAGUUCUGUCACAGAUCACGCUCAAUGGCGAGAUCAUGCGCACGCGACACAAGGCAGAAAUCGAUCAGUUGCUCUACCAUGUCAGACGCCACUUGAUCAUGCAGCCGGCGCUGACGGCCAAGGUGAAAGCGAUGCUAAUGAUGGUGCUCGAUUUGUUCUACAGCCAUUUCAAGCAUGUGGGCCACGAACUGGAGGCCAUGUAUACAGAGUAUUUGGUGGUCGACGAAGACGAGGAUGAUGGCUUCAACAACAACAACAACAACAACAAUAAUGCGACGGAAAUACAGCCACAAUCGGAUGCGUACAGCGGUCAGAGUGCAACCACCUGUUACAGUGACGAGGAGAAUGGCAGCAGUGCCAACAACUCAGCACAGGAAGUGCCCAAGAAGUGGAGCGAGCAGGUCUGCGAGGAUUCGCUAUGCGAUAUUGUUUACGGCGAGGCAUCAGCCAAUGGCGAUGAGCAGCAACAGUACUGCGAAAAUGCUGGCAAUUCCUAUCAAAGCCACGACACGUCCAGUUCCAGCCGUCAGGCCAGACGUGGCUAUCAGCCGCGCCAUGUGCCGCGUCCGCUUAAGCAGUCACAUUCACAGGCGCCGCACGCAGACAAUAUCAGCUCCGAUCAGUAUCCAUCCAUGGCCAGCAGCGAGGAUCGCGAUGAGUCAAAGCCGCUGCCCAGCUGGCGCAUGACACGCUUCAACCGCCCCAACGAUGGCGAACAGGCGAAUGGACGCUCACGUCAUGACCAACAGCGUCGCUAUAGCGUCAGCUGCGAUGACGAUCAUCAGAGUGUGCGAAGCGAGGGUCGCGGUAAUUUGCGUCUCUAUAGCAUUGAUGAUCGCAGGAAGCACUCGGAGGAGCGCUAUGAGCGCAAUCUGGGCGGUGGCAGCAACUAUAACAACAUAGUGAACUCCAAUUGGGAUCAGCGCGAUGAUCGCAGUGAGCGCUCCUAUAUAAGCAACUAUGAGCGCGGAAAUAGCUACAAGCGCGGCGGGCGCUAUAACAAUCACAAUCGCAACACGUACGACAAACCGCCGCGUUUCCAAAAGCAGCAGCAACAACAGCAGCAGCAUCAGCAGCAACAACAACAACAACAACACCAACAGCAUCAGCACAGGGAUCAUCAGAAGAUACACAGUGAGACCUGGCGUCGCUCAAACAAUGCCAUAAACAAUGCAUAUCAGGAUGAGAAUUGUGCUUACAAUUCGAAUGGGCCCGAGUCCAACAGCCGCAGCUCGUCGCGUGCACGCACUCUGCCGCGUCCGCCCAAAUCCCAAAUGGAUGAUGGCGCCAGGAAACCCAACACCAACUAUCGCUACAGUCAGAGUCCAACACGCGGUGGUGGCGGCAGCGGCGCUGGGGGCGGCGGCGGUGGGCCGCGCACGUUUCCGCGUUACAGCAGUCAGAGCAGCCUGGCAAGCGAAGCGUCCAGCACAUUUGAUCGCCGCCAGCAGUCGACCCGGCCACAUCAGCAUCAACAUCAGCAUCAAAAUCAGCAUCAUCAUCAACCGCAGCGUCAUCGCAACUUUACACGUCGCUCACAGCCCAACAUACACCAGCCGCAGGAGCAUCAACAGGCUCCAAAUCCACAGCCGCAGCAGCAGCAGCAACAAUCGAAUGCAACUGGCAACUGGCAAGAGGCUGGCAAGGAUGAGAGCGAGCUGGUGCGCAAUGCACAGCAGACAACACAAUAUAUGAACUACCUGUCCGCGCAGAAAUGAGAGAGACGCGCCCGCUGCAAAAGAGCCGAGCGUCGUCGCAGCACCAGAAACUACAAAUGCAUGGAGUGAUUACAAUAAGCACGAGUACGAUUUUUGUAAAGUUUAAUUGUUUUAAAAUUGAAAGUCUGCAACGAGAUUUUGUUUCAACCCGGUUUUAAAGCUGCCCCCUAACAUUCAUUCAAGUAAUCAAUUUGCUUUUCACUUGCAAACCAAAAAAGAAAAGAAAUGAUUUUUUUUUCUUUUCUUAAAAUUGUAUUGGAAUAUUUUUGAAUUAAGACCACAUAUUCAAUUUGUAAGCUAAUACUUGUGCCGUUCAUUUAAUAUUAUUUUGUAUAAUGUAGUAGAGACUGUUUGUAAUCUACAAUUGAGCUCAAAUGUUAAACCUAACUCGUGGCCAUUUGCAUCUAAUCUCCAAUUUCCCGCCUCAAAUAAACAAUAAAAUGAAAUAUGAAAUCAAACGUAAACACACAAA